CAGCGGGGCGCGGAGCUGGGUGCGAGCCGAGCCUCAGACUCCCGCCGCCACCUCGCCCUCCAUCCUUCUCUCACCGCCUUCCCUGGGCCUGGCCGCUGCCACCGCCUCCCUGGGAACCGGAGCCAGGAUCGAGGGGGCUGGUGCGACCAGAGCCGGCAAGGAGGCGCGGGGCGGUGCGGAGCGCCGGGGCGUGGGGAGCGCGCCGGGCCUGCCCGGGAUCAGAUAACAGCCGGCGGGGGAGGGGGUGCGCCGGCCACGCUCACAGCCCAACCGAAGGACGGACUCUAGCCGCGCGGGCCGGACAGAGCGCCCCGCGCCCGGGGGCGCCGUCCAGGCGCGCUCUCCCGAUCCGUGGCUGUACCGGGGCGAUCGGCGCCCGGGACCAACGCGCCCCUCGGCAUGGAGCGCUCCUGGGUGUUGCCCUGAGGCGGCAGCGGCGAUGCAGCCAGCGCGGCGGCGGCCGGGGCCAGGAACGGCCGCCCGGAGCUCGGAGGACGCGGAGCGCGCCGCGCCCGGGGCACUGACCGAGGCUCCUCAGAGUCUCUAAGCCAGAGUUGAGCUCCCAGCUUCCUGCAAGCUUUUGCCUUCUCGCAAGCUUUUGCCUUCUCGCUACUUCUGUCCCUGUCUCCAAGAGAAGAUGAGGUUGCAACAUACAUGCUGCGAUGACCUCUCAGAAAUGUUCAGAAUAACCAGCAGGUGGGAGCUGAGCUGGGGGGACUGCCUUCCGGCAGGGCUGCUUCCUGGUUCCACCUCUGUAGACUCUGGGCUCCUCAUCUGAACUGGCCUUCUAGCAACUGAUUCCUCUCCAGCUGGUGCCUGGGAAAUGGCAGCUGCUGCUAAUGCAGCCUUGAAGACAGCCACUUGCCCAGUCAGCACUGUUACUUAGAAGAUAGGAUUCAAGAGGAGCCACCGUGCCCGGAGCCAGCCUGAAUGUGAUCCGGGGCCUCCCCAUCCCUGGGAUGACCACAGCUAGCUGGGCCAACCCCUACAGCAUUGUGUCAUCAGAGGAGGACGGGCUGCACCUGGUCACCAUGUCGGGCGUCAAUGGCUUUGGCAACGGCAAGGUGCAUACACGGCGCAGGUGCCGAAAUCGUUUCGUCAAGAAGAACGGCCAGUGUAACAUUGAGUUUGCCAACAUGGAUGAGAAGUCCCAGCGCUACCUGGCUGACAUGUUCACCACCUGCGUGGAUAUCCGCUGGCGCUACAUGCUACUCAUCUUCUCGCUGGCCUUCCUUGCUUCCUGGCUACUUUUCGGUGUCAUCUUUUGGGUCAUCGCUGUGGCCCAUGGCGACCUGGAGCCAGCUGAGGACCGCAGCCACACGCCCUGUGUGAUGCAGGUUCAUGGCUUCAUGGCAGCCUUCCUCUUCUCCAUUGAAACGCAGACCACCAUCGGCUACGGGCUGCGCUGCGUGACGGAGGAGUGCCCAGUAGCCGUCUUCAUGGUGGUGGCGCAGUCAAUUGUGGGCUGCAUCAUUGACUCCUUCAUGAUUGGUGCCAUCAUGGCCAAAAUGGCCCGGCCUAAGAAGCGGGCACAGACGCUGCUGUUCAGCCACAAUGCUGUUGUGGCGCUGCGCGACGGCAAGCUCUGCCUCAUGUGGCGUGUGGGCAACCUCCGUAAGAGCCAUAUCGUGGAGGCCCAUGUGAGGGCUCAGCUCAUCAAGCCAAGGGUCACAGAAGAGGGUGAGUACAUCCCACUGGACCAGAUUGACAUCGAUGUCGGCUUUGACAAGGGCCUCGACCGCAUCUUCCUGGUGUCGCCCAUCACCAUCCUGCACGAGAUCGAUGAGGCCAGCCCACUGUUUGGCAUCAGCCAGCAGGACCUGGAGACAGAUGACUUUGAGAUUGUGGUCAUCCUGGAGGGCAUGGUGGAGGCCACGGCUAUGACCACACAGGCCCGAAGCUCCUACCUGGCCAACGAGAUCUUGUGGGGCCACCGCUUUGAGCCUGUACUCUUUGAGGAGAAGAACCAGUACAAGAUCGACUACUCGCACUUCCACAAGACCUACGAGGUGCCCUCCACACCCCGUUGCAGUGCCAAGGACCUGGUGGAAAACAAGUUUCUCCUGCCCAGUGCCAACUCCUUCUGCUAUGAGAAUGAGCUGGCCUUCCUGAGCCGUGAUGAAGACGACGAAGUGGACGAAGACCAGGACAGCAGUAGUCCUCAUGCCAGGCACGACUUUGACAGACUCCAGGCCAGUGGAGGCACCCUUGAGCAGCGGCCCUACAGACGGGAGUCAGAGAUCUGAGCCAGUUAGCCAAGGUGCUAACAUCCGCCCAGCCAGGGUAAGGCCUGCGUACUGCAAGGGCCCUAGGUUUGAGCAGAGCGGACCAGGCGCCCCAAUUGCAGACUCAGUAGCAUUGUAGAUGUUUUAUGCUUCUUCACAAUGGCCUCAGAAGAUUGGCAGGAAAGUGAAAGGCUGGAGUGGGUGCCCCACCCCCACCUCAGAGGCCUGAGCAGGCUCAGGGGCAAGUAGGUGGUGUCCUGGGGGCUGGGCCACGGGAGCUAAGGGUUUUUGCCUGAGGAAAGAGAUAUAGCCUGCCCAUAAGUGGCUCAACAGCCGCCCAGCCUUUGGGCAAAAGUUGGCAUGCUGCAGGGCAUCUCACUGGUUUUUAACUUGGGGAGAAACAACGGGUUUUGGCUUUCUCAAUCAUAGCUUGAGUAUGACUGUUUACAAAAAAAAAUUAACAAGUGAUUUAAAAUUGUUUUAAUUCAUGAAGGUACAAAAGAAGGACAAUUAAAAUGCCAUAAGUCUGCCAGGACACAAGCAGCUGUGUGAAGGCUCCAGAAGGUCCUCUCCUCUGAGAAGGCCAGGCAUGAGUGGGUGGCUCCCAGGCAGCAAGCACAGUGCUCACCAACGUUCUUUAUGCACAUGAACAGAUUAGAUUCCACCUGUGAUAGAAAAACCAAGACCAUGUUAAUGAUCAUAAUAAAAGCUUUCCAAUGUCAUAGAGGUGAGGAUAGGGGCUGGAGGAAAAACCUAGUUUGAGCUUUCUGAGUUUGAGUUUGUACUUUAGAGGUGCAUCUCAGGGCCAGAUAUGAGACCUGCCCACAGUGGAGAGUCCCCUCUCCUCCAAUACACUGGAUUCUCCAGUUUUGUUUCUCUCUCCUUUUCUGGCCAGUGGCCUCUACCCCAUACACAGUGAGGGGAAGUUGGGAAAAGUAGGACUGGAUGGCUCCAUGGGAAGGGAAGCCAGACUAUGAGGAAGCUGAUCAGCCCCAUCCUGAAUGGGGCCCUAGGGUCAGUCGUGCCUUAGAGACCUGGUGGUCUGGCUCCAGCUGUUUCUGUUUUUAUUGGACUCCCCUGUCCUCCUCGCUGCCGUGACUCUACUGCAAAGUCCUUGCCAGCCCCUCUGUCUGCAGAGGCUGGGCUGAACUGAUGCUCCCCCUGCACCUGGAGCAGCACCACCUGUGAGCCCAGGUCAGUGGCAGCCAGGCUGUACCCUUCCUUGAAUUGCAGAGGAACAAUUUUAGGAAAGGUGUGGAAUUGUCAGUCAAGGUACUGGGAAUGACAUCCACGCACCCUAGUCAGGAAGAGGUUUGGGCUUUGCUCUCCCAGAAGCGGGCCUCUGGACCCGGAACUGCCCAAUGUGGGCUUGUUCUUGGCAGAGAAGACAUCUGGUGGGGGCUGCACCCUGGGAUGGAGCUGGGAACUUUCCCAGGACAGUUAAGAAUGCUGUGCUCCCAAAUGACUAGGCCCAUAAGGAAGUCAGUAUUAGAAAGCUAGGGUCUCCUCAACCUGCCUUUCCACGCCUCUCCAAUCUGUGCAAGACAGCUCUCAACCUAAAGGCACCAGGUCUCUGUGAGGCAGAGUGCAAAGUCAUGCAAAUAAGGGGUGGAACUUGGGGGAAAGGGAGAGGCUGGGCCCUGGGUGGGGUCUCUUGCCUCUUCCCUCCUCCUCCAACCCUGGAGACCUGACCUGAGGUCAGGGGUUGUGGAGGGCCUGGACGCAAGCUGUCAGCUCCCACCCGGAGACACCCUGGCAGCCCCUGCCCUUAGAUAGGCCUGACUGCUGACACCCUGUCCUAGACUCAGACCUCACCCCAACUUCUGGCCAAGAAGAUUCAGCCCAAGGUACGGAGGCAGCUCUUUCCUCUCAGGAUCUGCAGGAGGGGCCUCAGCUCCUUCCAGCCCUGAGCACCUGGCUCUCUCAGCCUUAGCCCUGGGGGUGAAAGUGUAGUUGAUAUAGGAGCACUUACCCACCACCCACAUACAGAUGUCAGGCUGAGCCACAGAGGGAUGGGGUGGCCCCGGCUAGGGCACCAUAGAGGCCAGUUUUCCUAUCUGCCCAGCAGCCUAGGUGGACCAGCCUUCCACUCACCUGAUCCAGAGCAGAGCCCCGGGACACCAGAAUCCCAAGGCCCUGACAAUCUCAGGUGGCCUGGCGCGCCCCCUCUCAGACCUGUUCUGUUCCCUCCCUGUUCAGCCACCAGAUCCUAUGGGAGAGCAGCCCCAAGCUGCCUUUCAUCUCUCGCCAAAAGCAGAUGCUGCAUUUUCAAACUCUUAUGCCCUUUUCUUUUCCUCCCCUGUAUUUAUUUAUUUAUUGCUUGUGCUAAAGACCAAAAUAGUCUUCCUCUUUAAUGCACUUGAAAUGGGAGGGUGGAUGAGAGGAGGAGUUGUGUGUAUGCAGAGCCAGAAUCACUUGGCCCCUGGGGGUGCUUGUGAGGCGUGUGUCCAUGUGGUGUAUGGAAAGCAUGUUAACCCUCUGAAUGUGCUGUGCACAAGUGAGUGUGUGUGUGCAUGUGUACAUACGUGGUGUGUGGUCUGUGUGACGUGCAGGUAUGUUCCAACCUGCUCCUGCCCUCACCCUCCCAGGAAGUGAGAUUUCCAAGAAGUUUCUCAACAGUCUGAACCAGGAGGUCCAGAGGUUGGAGCGGGCUAAGGACGUGGCCUCUGCACUCUGCCCUGAGACACUGAGCUGCUUAUGUGGGAAAGGGCCGUGCUGGCAGAAGGGUGUGUGUGACUGUGAGAGUGUGAGCACCAAGUGUGUGGAUUUAUAUAUGGAAUUGUCUCAUCUGUGUUUGAAUGAAACACACAGUUAUGGCUUUGCCUGCAAGUUCAUGAGCGUGUGGAUUUAUGAUAUGUGGGACUGUUGUACAGAUGUGUGCACACGGUGAUCUCCAUAUAUACAGAUGUGUGAGUAUGUAUACACAAACACAGAUAGUUAUGUGUAUAGUUACCCAUAGGUGUGUGUGUGUGUGUGUGUGUGUGUGUUAUAUGCAGACGUUUAAAUGUUCACCAGGCUGUAAGGCUGGGCACACACCACUCAGGAUGCUCACUGGCCAUGGACAUCGGCAGAGCUGAACUCAGUAGUUCCACUGGCCCUCUGCCCUGCUCACGUCCAUAUAGGCUGUAUGUGGAGUAUGUGUGCCAGGGGGAGGCUUCUGGGUGCCUGGGCAUGAGGUGAUAUCUAGAUACGAAUGUGAAUCCUUGGCACCCAGCAGUGAGUGAUUACAUGUAGGAGGCCUGUGAACAUGUCACAUGCAUGUGGUACAUUUGUGUAGCAGCAGGGCUGGUGCCUGCCUGCUGGGGGCAGUGUGUGUGUGUGUGUGUGUGUGUGUGUGUGUGUGUAUGUGUGUGUGCGCGCGCGCACACACAGGUCCAGGGAGCUGUGCACACAAAUUUCAAGGGAUUGUGUAUCCAUGUGUGCAUCCUUGCAUGCUGCCUCCUGUGCCCCACUGGUGCUGUGCCUCCCAGUCCUUGCCUGUUUAAAGGUCCCAAAGGGGCCUGGGGGGCCUGGUGGGAAGGAGGGCCCUGUCUGCCCUGAGUGAGGUCACAGAAUGUCAAAUAUAUUUUAAAUGGUGAAACUGGAAAAUUUUCAUGUUAUUUUCAAUAACAAAGACAUAGGCCACGAGACUAGACCACAUUAAAUGCAUUUUGAUCUCUGACUGCCA